AUGGAAAAAUUUCGAGCCAAGGCCUGCUCCUUGCCAAUAUUCAAUGGCCGGAUAACUGAUGCAAAUACACUGACCACCACAUCGUUGCAAUUGCCUAUGCACGGAGGAUGUGCAGGAGGUGUAGGUGGUCGCAAAUCGUUCAAUCGUGUAUUGCCCACAGUAUUCACCAUCACGGAUGGGACGACAGGAGCAGCCAGCACUUCUCUAGCCGAAGCAAUGUCCACAUCCACUACCAACGUCAAUGCUUCCAAGCAUGGAGUAAUGCAACAACUUGCUGUUCCCAAGGAAUCAAUCAAUAUAGCCGGACCGGAACUUACAAACUAUGAAAAGAUUCGUGUUGUGGGUCAGGGCUCCUUUGGCAUAGCCAUUUUAUAUCGUCGCAAGUCGGAUGGUCAUCAUAUCGUGUUCAAACAAAUUAAUUUGGGAGAUUUAACACCGCCAGGUCGGGAUCUGGCCAUGAAUGAGGUGGAUGUUUUCUCGAAACUGCAUCAUCCCAAUAUUGUUAGCUAUCUGGGUAGUUUCAUUAAGGAUAAUACAUUGCUCAUUGAAAUGGAAUAUGCGGAUGGUGGAACAUUGGCGCACAUUAUAGCCGAACGGCAGGGACAAGUACAUUUUCCAGAGAGAUAUAUCAUAGCCGUUUUUGAGCAGAUUUCCAGUGCCAUUAACUAUAUGCAUUCGGAGAAUAUAUUGCAUAGAGAUUUGAAAACCGCCAAUGUGUUCCUCAAUAGGCGUGGCAUUGUGAAAAUUGGAGACUUUGGCAUCUCAAAGAUCAUGAAUACGAAAAUCCAUGCACAGACAAUACUUGGAACCCCGUAUUACUUUAGUCCUGAAAUGUGCGAGGGCAAGGAGUAUGACAACAAGAGUGACAUUUGGGCAUUGGGAUGCAUUCUGGGUGAAAUGUGUUGCCUGAAGAAAACAUUUGCAGCUUCCAAUUUGUCCGAGUUGGUCACCAAAAUAAUGGCUGGCAAUUAUACUUCAUUGCCCUUGGGUUAUACAUCGGGUUUGAGGAGUUUAAUGUCCAACUUGCUUCAGGUUGAUGCCUCUAAAAGGCCAACUGCAUCGGAAGUGCUGGUUUAUUGGAUACCCUUAAUAUUCAGAAGUCUGGGAAAGAAUAAAGGAUACUCCUACGAAGAGGAUAUACAUAGUAAUGGCAGCCUUUUAACUGCACCAGCAUCAGUUACAGUGGCCAGUCGGAGUAAUGUGACCAUGGACAUGGAACUGCCCACAGCCCAGACAGAGACCAAGCAAUUAAUGAGCGCUGAGACAGCUGCUCCACAUGAAGUUCUGGAAAAGCGCUCUGUUCUGUAUCAGUUAAAGUCGUUUGGAAAUAGUUUCAGUAUGUCGCCUAUACAAUUGCCACCCAAGGCUGUCAUUGUUUGUGUGGCUAUGAGUGAUUCACAUUUCGUGGUUAUCAAUGAGGAUGGCUCUGCCUAUGCCUGGGGCGAGGGUACCUAUGGACAACUGGGUCUCACAUCAUUGGACUUGUCCUGGAAACAUUAUCCAAGUCGCAUGGAGAGCGUACGGAAUUAUCACUGUGUCAGUGCCUGUGCCGGCGAUGGCUUCACCAUACUCCUUACAAAGUCGGGCAAUCUUCUCAGUUGCGGUAGUAAUAUAAACUUAUCGUUGGGGCAAGAGGAACAAAAGAACUACUAUAGUCCCAAGUUAAUAGCCAAGUUAGCGGAUGUUCGAAUUGAACAGGUGACAGCGGGUCUUCAUCAUGUACUAGCCCUCAAUCGCGAGGGAGCUGUCUAUGUGUGGGGCACAAGCUCAAAGGGUGCCCUGGGCUUAGGCAACUAUCAGCAGCAGCAAAAAUUUCCUCAAAAGAUUCUAUUGUCCCAUGUGAAGAGCAAGCCGGCAAAAAUCUAUUGUGGUCCAGAUACUUCCGCUGUCUUGUUUUCCAAUGGUGAACUUCAUAUCUGCGGGAGCAAUGACUACAAUAAAUUGGGCUUUAAUCGUCCUGGCAAGAUCACAGCAUUUAAAAAGCUGCAACUGAAUCAUAAGGUUAUUAGAGCUUGCUUCUCAUCCACUCACUCAGUUUUUGUGGUGGAAGGCGGUUAUGUCUAUACCAUGGGACGCAAUUCGGAGGGACAGCGGGGUUUGCGUCACUGUAAUCUAGUGGAGCAACCAACCAUGGUAGAGUCGAUUCGUUCCCGCUAUAUUGUAAAAGCCAAUUGCAGUGAUCAGUGCACAAUAGUUGCCUCGGAAGAUAAUAUCAUCACCGUGUGGGGUACUCGAAAUGGCCUACCCGAGAUUGGAUCCAGCCAUAGUGGCUUGGGUCUGGAAGUAUGUACGCCACCGCCUUUGGAAAUCGAGCUGGGCAAUAAUACGGCUGCGUUUACAAACUUUUUAGCUUCGGUGUAUAAAUCGGAAUUAAUAUUGGAACCAGUUGAUAUAUUGGCGCUCUUUUCGUCCAAGGAGCAAUGUGAUCGCGGCUAUUACGUGCAAGUCCAUGAUGUUUAUCCAUUGGGCCAUUGUGUGCUGAUUUUGGUGGAUACGACAACCCCGCUAAUUGCCUCCUAUGAGGAGCCACUGGGAGAUUAGUAAUACAAUUCGGAUUUGUUUAAUCAUACAUUUUA